AUGGACUAUAGCUCAUCGAUUCACGAGGCCGACAACCCACACGGCGCAUCGCCCUGGGGUUCUCCGGGAACCUCGCCGCAACAUAACCGCACAACGUUCAACGCCGCCGCUACUGCAGCCCCACCCCCGACCUACCAGUCUUUUGAAGCGGCGAGCAACGGCCUGGGCGUCCCAGAGGAGGAAGGUGGCUUUGGGGAUGCUGAUACUGGGUUCGCAAGGCCAAGCACGGCGAGCACAGCUGCUGCUUCGGAUGCCUUGACUGAUGAAUCGAGGACCGAGGCUGGAGAAUCUCAACAGGAGCACGAUGAAGAUGUUCAAGCUGCUGCCCCGACUGAGGGUGCCGCUCAUGCAGAUGCAGCUGCAGCUGCCCAGCAAGAACAACAGCCACAGCAAGGAAGGGCCGAGGAACAGCAGGCAGCCCAAGCUCAACGGCCAGCACAACCUCAGUAUAAGCUGCAAGCCAAGAUAACGGGACUAGAGCGAACCGGCCGCAAAGACCCGAUCCUGAGGUUUGACGUACAUACCAACUUGCCUAAUUUCCGGACGACACAAUACCGAGACAUCCGCCGCCUCCACUCGGAGUUUGUCAAGUUCGGGGAACACCUGAUAUCCGCCAAUCCCGACGCUAUAGUGCCCGCUGUUCCACCGCCCAUCACCUCGGCUGGUGCUGGGACGGACGAAGACGAGGCCCGAGUCAAGGCUUUGAUGCAACGAUGGCUAAACUACGUUUGCAGCAACGAGGUUCUCCUGCGGGAUGACGAAAUGAUCCUGUUUGUCGAGAGCGAUUUCGGCUAUAGCCCAAUGGUAAAGAAGAAGCAACCGGCAACGGGUGUGCGCCGCAAGAUCUUGAAGCAGUUCGCUCCGCCACCUGACGACACACCCGAGCUUCAGGAGGCUAGGCCUAUCGUGAAGCUAUUCUACCUAGGUGCCAUGGACGCUGGGCACAAGGUCGACAAGCUUGUGAAAGCCAGGAGAGGACUGGGACUCGCCGAAUCCGACUUCGGAGUCAAGCUUGGCGGCAUGCACGUGCAGGAACUCCACCAAGGCCUGGGCAACGCCUACCGCAAGUUGGGGAAGGUCAUUCAGACUGUUGGUGACUGUCAUGCUGCUCAGGCAACAGCAGAGGCGACGACGAUGGGCGACCCGCUGCAGUACCACUCUUCUGAUGCCUUUAUUGUGAAAGAAACACUCACAAACCGUCAGAUCCUCAUUCGAGAAUUUUUGCAGGCGCAGGAGACGACAAGGAGCAAAUUGAACGCGACCGAUAGGUUACGGGCGAGCUCUAACGUGCGGCGGGAGAAGGUCGAUGAAGCCAUCGCGGCACUUGACGAGGCACGGCACAACGAGGUCCAGCUGUACCACAAGACCACGAGGGUAACGCAAAACCUGGUCCAGGAACGUCGCAAGUGGUUCGCACGCACGUCUGCCGACCUGCGCCUCAGUAUCAGGGAAUAUGUACUGCGGGAGAUAGAGGCCGAGAGGCGAACGCUGGCUCUGCUCGAGACGGUGAGGCCGGAUAUUCGCAGCAUUGAUUCGUCAGGAGGCUUGAGCAGACUCGGACGUGAGGCGCACCCGACACCUCCCAGACGUGUCAGCAUGGCUGCCAGCCAAGGGCCCAAGGGCGAUGCCUGGAGCGGAGUGCCCCGGCGUUCAGACGCAGCCGUGAACCGUAGCCUUUCCGCCUCCACGGGCAGCAUAAUCGCGGCUGGGCUGAGCGAAGAGGGCCAGGUUGAUGGAGAUAUGGCACCGGCCAGGACGCGGACGCAGGCUGAAGAAGACGACGACGAUCGGUUGGACGCAAGGAAUGCUGCGAGCAGGUUGGCAACUAGCACGUUCUGA